UCUCAUAGGGUAAGGUGGAAAGGUAGGUACUUCAUGUAUGAGAACGCACCUCGUGCAGUAACCUCGGGGUGAUGUUAAAAAUCCUAACUUUCACUGCAAGAUUUGCGUUUCGGAAAAUGUCGAAUCGUGGAGCUUAUUACAAGAAUCUGUAUGGAGGAGGAAGGAGGGGAGGUAGAGGCGGAGGAAGAGGUGGUUAUCAGCAAAGGAACAACUACAGGGGUGGAAGACCGGAUUCUGCUUCGUACCACAGGGACUAUGAGGGCUCAAGAACCUCGGAGGAUCUGGCUUAUAUACUUGCUGAUUUAGAAGGAAAAAGCUACAAGGCCUACCAUGAUAUUUUAGGUAAUGUGGCAUUUAGACAUGCAAAUGAGACAUGGUUUGAGAGGCCUUCUUAACUACCUGUGUUGACACAUCUGUGGAGAUCAUUAUCAUAUGCCUCUAAAGGAAUGAUAAAUUAUAAUUAUUAUUUAUGUAAACAGUAGCCUCCAUUUG